AUGGCUGCAUCAAAUGAGAAUGCCCCGAUGCGCUAUAGCUCAUCGCCAGAACUGUCGGAUCCCCCUUCCAUGUUGUCUGCACCCGCGUCGCCCACUGGGUACAGCAGAGCGAAGACUACGGGGGGCGAGGGCGACGAGAUUGUUGUUGACCCGAGCUCUAUUCGAUAUGAUGGGACCGGCCAGCCUAUGUUGACUAAGGAUGGACUACCCCGCCGGAAGCCUGGCCCGAAGCCUGGUACCCGGAUCAAGCGAAGCAGUGCCAACCCCGAGGAGGGCGCCGAUAAAUCCAAGCGGGCUCGUAAGCCUAAGGAUGCUAAUGCACCCCUUACGCAGCGGAAGCGUAAGGUCGCCUCUUCCGCGGACGAUGGUGAUGUUAACGAGGUCCGGUCUCGUGCUGCGAGUGUCGGCGUUGGUGCUGGCGCCGGCACGGCAUCUCGACAACCCAAGAUCACCGAGAUGACCACGCUCGGGCGGCUGGAGCCCAUUCCCACCCGGGAACCGAAGCGGGAAUCCAUGCCGGCUUCCAUGCCGGGUUCCAUGUCCAACAUACUCAAUGCCGACCCCGAGCCGCCCCGCCCCUACCUCCAGGAGCAGCAACAUCAACAUCAACAUCAACAGCCACCACAGCGACCCAGCGUGCCCUCUCGCACCAGUGGCACCGCGUAUGACCCCAUCCGAUCUUCCAACUACGACCCCAUCAGAGAGACCAUGGUCACGCACACUUACUCCAAUCCCAUGGGAUCUCCCAGAAGACCUGCCACCAGCCUUGCCAAAGGCGCAAGCGCGUCCCCGUCCAUCGCGAGUCUUGUUGACCCUCCUGUACAAAACAUCAUCUCACCCAUUCCGUCACAUGCCUCCUUUGCUCCGAAUACGCAAUACAACCACCCACAGUCGCAUCCCCAAUCACGCGUACAGCAGGAGCCCAACUCAGUGCCUGCCUCUCCUAAUCCGUUCCGCCAGGAGUUUGCGCCUCCUCCGGUACCGAAGCAACAUGUGGCGGAAGUGAAAAAGGUCCUGGGUGGACCGUUUGCACCUUCAGCUGCCUCCCGGAUUGAGAUUCGUCCGACCUCGGUCACCACCAUCGGCGCUGCUGGUGCUAAACGCACUCCUCCCAAGAACCACAGCACGACUUCAUCGUCACCCCGUGGCAAUGGCGGCAAAGAGGCCUUGGCUCCUCUGCCAGGGGCAUCAGGCCGAUCCAUUCUCGACUUUGGCAAAGCGGAGCCUGGCAGUGAGACGAAAGCGCCCUCUAUCGUCCUCAACAUUUCUCUCAACGGAGAGACAAACAAGUAUAUCAAUUUCAUGCGGAUGGCCGAAGAACAGUACGGUUGGGAUGCUCUCCAUCCUCGUCAAGCUGAACAAAAGGCACGUAAAAUGCGCAUUGCUGCUGCUUCAGCUGCCCUGGCCCAGAACGACUCCAGCCGUGAAGGCGACGAGAUGUCGGUAGAUGAGUCUGACAACGACGAUUCCAAUAUCGAAAUGGGCGGUACGAGUGGCCCCGACAAAGCCGACGGCAAGCCCGUCAAGAAAAAGCGACACUUCAAGGAGGACGAGUACGACAAGGAUGAUGGCUUUGUGGACGACUCGGAGAUGCUGUGGGAGGAGCAGGCCGCGGCUAGUCGUGAUGGUUUCUUCGUAUACUCCGGACCCUUGGUACCGGAGGUCGAGAAGCCUGAGAUUGGACGUGGCGAGCUGCCCAAGCGUGGACGUGGCUCACGCGGUGGCCGCGGUGGCAGUCGCGGUGCUGGUACGGGUCUAGGGAGAGGCCGUGGCGGCGGCCCUGGUUCUCGUGGUGGUCCUGGUUCUCGCGGUGGUGGCGGCCCGGGUUCUCGUGGAGGCGUGGUUAGGAAGCCGCGCAUGACGAAGGCCGACAGAGCCCAGAUGGACCGCGAGAAGGCGGAGCGCGAGGCGGCGUUCCUGAAGUCGACCAACGGCGUGGCUUUCAACGUGCUGCAACCCACCAGUCCGAAGUUUGCUGGCUUGUAG